AGAAGCAACAAUCUCUAUUAGACAAACAAACAGCCUACUUGUGAGCAAAGGACCUAUGGCUAUAGAGGAUAGCCAAGCUGCAGCAACAAAUUUGUUACAACAAAGCUCUACAAUCAAUGAUAGACCCAGCUAG